AAGACAAUGAAACAGUGUCAUGUUUUAAUAUAUAAUUUUACACAGUGGUUGUGUCAGACUGUUGCGUCUAUAUGUCAUCUGAUAUUUUUCUGUUGCAGUGGCAACAAAGUACAUUCAGCUUCGGAGACACGUACGGUGGAAGUGGGUUUCAUUGAUCCAAACGAUAAAAAGAAGCACAACAAGAUCAAAACGUCCAAAUAUUCAUUGCUGUUGUUCAUACCUAAAAACUUGAGUGAACAAUUCCGCCGGAUUGUAAAUUUUUAUUUCUUGGUCGUUACCCUCAUAUCUUUUUUUAUCGACAGUCCCGUAUCACCCUUCACUAGCGUAUUACCACUGAGCUUCGUGGUAUUAGUGACGGCUGUGAAGCAGGGCUUCGAAGACUUCCUGCGACACAAGGAAGACAAAAAAGUUAACAACCAAAUAGUGGAAAUAGUGCACAAAGGUGUUAUAAAGCAAGUGGCCAACUCUAGUAUAGCUCCUGGCACUUUGGUCAGAGUGAAAAGGGGUAAGGAGGUGCCGGCCGAUCUGGUCCUGCUCUGUUCAGCGGACCCGAAGGGGAAAUGCUUCGUGACCACCGCGAAUCUGGACGGCGAGACCAAUUUGAAGACGUUGCGUGUACCACCGCCGAUAGUUGGCUAUACACAUGAUAUUAUACCGCAGGGUAUGCAAAUAGACAUACCGAACCCUAUAGCAGAUCUAUAUACAUUUUACGGCCGCCUGAAUAUUCCCGGACAAGACACGAUAAUCCUUAGCCCCGAGAAUCUAAUGCUCAGAGGUUCCAGAGUUAAAAAUACGGAAUGGGCAAUCGGAUGCGCAGUUUACACAGGUGAAGAGACAAAACUCGCUCUGAAUUCUAAAUACGCAGGUAACAAGUUCUCGUCGUGCGAGUCAGCUAUGAAUUCCUUUCUGGCUUUCUUCAUCGGCUUACUCGUACUCUUGAUAGUUGUUUCAUACAUAGUCAAGAUUGUCCUUGAAGCGAAUAGAGUGGGAAAGGAGAUGUAUUUGGGUCCCCCUCUCCCGCGUCCUCCGACCGUAAGGCAGAUUUUCCAGGAUAUGUUCUCGUUUCUGCUGCUGUACUAUUAUAUUAUUCCAAUGUCGUUAUAUGUGACCAUCGAGCUGAAUAAGUAUAUAGGUACUUAUUUCUUCACCUGCGAUGCGGAUUUGCGAUGCGAGGAGACCGGAAAACCAGCUCUUGCCAACACUUCAGAUUUGAACGAAGACCUCGGACAAAUCGAGGUUUUAUUUUCGGACAAAACGGGGACACUCACCAAGAACCUGAUGGUUUUCAAAGCUUGCUCUAUAAAAGGAUGCAUAUACGAAGAGCGAGACGGCAAGCUAUACGACACUGAUCGUUUUGACGAAGCAGUGGAUUAUACUAAUGAUGAGGUUAAGUUUUUCUUCACAAUUCUAGCACUUUGCCACUCCGUUCAAAUAUCCAACGAAGACAUGAAGAAGCUUAGCGCGCGCCUCUCUAUAACACCGAACCCUUUAGACUUCUUCAAAAGGAGAAAGAUUAAAUCUAGCGCUGCCAACGGUAAAGCUAUGAACGGUGCCGUUAAUGAUAUCCCAUGGGAUACCCUCCUAUCAGAAAACAACAGCAAAAUGGAUUAUCAAGGAAGCAGUCCCGAUGAGAAAGCCCUAGUUGAAGCGGCUUGCAAGGUCGGGAUAACGUUCUUAGGGGAAGAUGGAAAUAAUAUGCUUGUGAAGAUGGGUGAUCACACGGAGAUGUAUGAGAAGCUCCAAACAUUAGAGUUUACUUCAGAGCGGAAACGGAUGUCGGUGAUCGUUAGAGAUAAGAAUGGGAAGAUUUGGCUCUUUUGCAAAGGUGCAGAAAGUUCAGUAUUCCCUAUAUGUGAAAAUUCUAUCUUCAUGGAGAACACCGAACGAGAUGUGAAUGCAUUCGCCAACAAAGGCUUGAGAACGUUGGCUGUAGCUUAUAGACAAAUACCCGAGGAGGAGUAUUACAAUAUAGUGGAAAUGAUCAAAACUGUAAACAUUAAAGACGCAGAAGGAUUGCACCAAAUAUCUCAACAAUACAGGGUGUUAGAAAGACAGUUGACAUUAAUAGGAGCAACUGCUGUAGAGGAUUGUCUGCAGGAUGAAGUAGCCGAUACUAUAGCGUCUCUUCGUAGGGCGGGAAUCAAGAUAUGGGUACUCACAGGAGAUAAGGUAGAAACAGCAAUCAACGUGGCACAAUCUUGCGCACACAUAUCGGACAACGACAGGCGCAUUUACCUCAUUGGCAUAGACAAUGAAGAUGCAUUGAGAAUUAAUUUAGCUGAGUGCACCCGAAUAAUGAACGAACCCAGUUACAAAGAUCUAACCCUAAUUAUAGACGGGACAAGCGUCACUCAAAUAUUGGACACGCCUUACGCGAAUGUAUUCGUCGAUAUAACGAUGCACUGUCACGCUGUACUCUGCUGUAGACUGUCACCGAUACAGAAGGCUAAGAUAGUGAAACUCGUGAAGGAAUGCCCUCAGCGUCCGUUGACGGCGGCGAUCGGUGACGGCGCCAACGAUAUCUCCAUGAUACAGGAGGCGCACGUCGGAUUCGGCAUAUUCGGCAGAGAAGGACAUCACGCCGCCAGAUGUGCGGACUUCGCGUUCACAAAGUUCUCGAUGCUAAAGAAGAUUAUUUUGGUGUUGGGCCAUUGGUACUACCAACGGCUGACUACGUUAAUACUUUAUUUUUUCUACAAGAAUCUAGUCUUAGGAGUUCUAAUGUUUAUAUUUCAAAUCCACUGCGCGUUCUCAACUCAGUCAGUGUUCGACUCGUUGUUUCUGACCAUAUACAACCUGGUGCCGACAUCGGUGCCGUGCCUCGUGCUCUCGCUCACUGAACAGCGGUCGCCCGCCGGAUUCCUCAUCAGUAAUCCGACGGUGUACCGUCAGCUGUCGCGCGGGGGCCUCCUCCGUUGGAGCUCGUUCGGCUGGUGGUGCUCCGCGGGCGUGUACCACUCGCUGGCCAUAUACUGCGUGGCCGCCGCGCUGUUCUACGUGCCCGUGCUCAACGCGGACAUGAACACGCUCGACUUGUGGUCAUUCGGCGCAAUGUUGUUUCACCUGAUGGUACUGAUAGUGUCACUCAAACUGUGGCUGAAUGCGAGAUAUCAGACUUUCAUAUUCGUAUUGUCGAUUAUACUCUCUGUACUAGUUAAUAUAGCUGUCAACAUAGCUUACGCGUCCUGGAACUGGCAAUAUGACGGCGACGUUCUAGGAACAUACAUUCGACUGAUAUCUUCUAUACCGUUUUGGGUAGCAAAUGUUUUAGUGGUAGUAAUAGCGUUAGCGCCAGACUUUUGUGCCAGACUAGUGUCAGACUUAAGAUUUAGUCGAAUGUUGCCUUCCUCUAUAGUACAGUCUGUAUUCACAACCAGAUUGUGA